UGACGCUUAUAGUCUCUCCAUUCACUGAUGGAUGGAUCAUAUGCUUUCUCAGUCUCGAAGUUGGAGUACUGAUCAGUAGUCUCAAUCGCCUUCUCGCUCUCUUCUCUCUCUCUCUCCGUACCAGCAUUGGAAUCUUUAUUUCCUGUGAUUUCUAAUCAAACAAGCCGCUGUGCGUAUCAUUCACUCACGGGUUCGGUGAUUGUUGAAGUGAUCGCAGUUAAGUUGUUUCGUCUAUGGCUUAUGUACCGCCGCACAUGCGGCACGCUAAGGAUGCAGAAAAGCCGCCUCCCAAGCCAGAGCUUCUCGUUCCACAGUUUCGGAGGAGCCUGAAUUUUGGCUCGACUUCUAGAUCUAACCUGGAGAGAGGGAAAGGGCAUAACCAGCCGUCUUCGCAGGCUGAGGAAAUUGAGUAUGCAUAUUAUUCUAAACAUAGAUGGUUUGUUACUGGUUCGCCAGGUGAUGACCAGUUUCCUUCUUAUGCUGGCCUGGAGACUAUUUCUUUGAAAUCCUUUGAGCAGAGAUCGGCAGAACCGCCUCUGAUGUUGGUGCUGGACGCUCACGUAGCCCAAGAUGUUAAGGAGUCCGAUGGAGAUGUUCGCAAAAGGCCAUGGGAGUAUGUGGCUGAAAACGUACGAGAAUUCCUCCUUUCUUCUUUCCAAAAGCAGGAAUUAGAAGGAAAGCCAACCCUGCUUGCUAGGUUUGGCAAAAUACUUUUUCCUGGGAAAUCUUUAACCAAUGUAGAAGCUGGAGAAAGGAAAUCAGUUUCCGAAACCACCUUGAAGCAAAUGAAGAGAUAUUUGUAUACAAAUCUCCCUGUUGCAUUUAUCCAACAUGUUACAAGUGAAGCUGUUCCAAAGCUUGGACUUGAGUUUGCAGAAGAAAAGGAGUUGUACUACGUAGAGCUAUCUGAUAGCAUGCGACCAGACUCAGUUCUCUUAUUCAAAUGUAAAGUGAUGGAAGAUUGUAAAAAGCUCCAAGUCCAUAAGGAACAUAAGAUUGAAUUGACCCAAGUGCGCCAUCUUACUUCUGAUGUUUCCUGUCUUGAUAAGAAGCUAGACCUGAGGCUCAUUCUGUAUACCAAGGAAGUAUUUACAGUUUUUACAGAUGAUGAGAAACACUGCAUCAGGAAUCUAGUCAAUUCUGCAGUUCUAAAUUCAGAAGUGAAGGGUGGGUUAAGAUGGCCCUUGGGACAGGAGACUUCUGGUGGCAGGUUCACUGUUGUUAAGACUUGGCACACAAAUGCUAAAAUAUUUCAGGGUUCAUCAAUGAGACUUAAGGUUCGGGAUGCAGAUCGAUUUGAUUUCCUGACUUCUGUUGGGGAAGUUGCAAGAGAGGUCAGUCUGAAGAUGACUGAAAUUUCGGAACCGCUGAAGCAGAAUGAUCAAGUCGACUUGGUUACUAGAAUGCUCGAAGACAACCUGAGGUUGAUAUGGGAGUGCUUCUUGGAUUGUGACUGUUCUUUCGAGUAAAUGCCCUUACGUUGUUUCUGAGCCAUUACGCUCGUAUUUUGAUCCAUGUAUGUGCUGCAGUGUGAUGCUUCAAUAUGUAUAAAGAAGCAAUAGACAAUGAAACUGAGACUGAAGGAGAAUGUUUUUGGUAGUGAUGGAGAUUGAACUUGAACUACAUUUGAACUAUUUUAUGUUUCCUACAUCAUCACCCAGAUUGUUACAGAAAUGGUAUAUGAUUUCUGAAUGGUUGAUGAACUUGCUUGUUAUAGCCUGCCAUAUAAAUAUUUGUCCCGGCCGAGGGGUAUUACAGGGGCAAUACUGUAAUUGAAUUACAAUAGUUUGUUUGGAGAUAUUUUAUAAUUGUGUUAAGAGCACAUGAGUAUUAUUA